CCUUUCAGUAGUGUCAAGGCGUUGGGUCAUCCGAUAAGCAUCGGUUUGAGGAACUUGCUAUUAUGAACUCUGCCACAAGAAUUUGAAACCUGCUAUCCCCUUCUGAUUGAUACUAGAUCAUUUGUAUCAAUGCAACAUCAACCGUCAUAAUACACUCAGUACCUAUUAUUUCGAGUGUUGAUUCGUCUUUCUAGGGCCGAGGUCAACAAUAAUUACACCGCCGGAUCGACCUACAUUCACAUUUAUUGACCAUGAUGAUGAUUUGAGUUCCAAACGAAUCAAAGAUGCUAAUGCUCGUAGGACUAUUCGCUCCCACGUUAUGCGUGACGUGCGUAGGCGCGAGCGACUUGCUGGACUGAAGCGUGUUCCUAGGCGUGACGGACUCGCAGAUAAAGCCGUUGUCCAGUCAAACUUCGAAGACUCGCCGUCAGAGCGUGCCUUACCCACUAAUCCAUCCUCGGAGCCAAAAUCACUCAUAGGAAGAGGACCGCCUUGUGACAUUGCUAAGAAUAAAGAAAAACGCCAACAGCAACCAGAUAGGCGCUGUACUGGUCAUUCAAUAUCAACUGGCUCUAUUUCAAUUCCGCUUCAGUGUCCGACCUCAUGGCUUGUCGACCCUUUCAAUACAUUGCCAGGUGCUAGUGAUGUACCAAUUAUUACUAGUCGACUAGUCUUUUACUGGGGAACUGUUUUUGUGCCGAUGACUUUCCCGAAAGAACAUGCUUUCAAUGAGCGGGCUAAAACCGAAAUGGCAGUCCAAUCUUCAUUCACAGAUCAGGGAAGUUUCUUUGGCUUGAUGAGCAUGUGCGCUGCCCACCGAGCUGUUUUGGCUGGACAUCAUUCACAGUUCCAAGUUGCUUCAGAAGUGUCCCAUCGCUUUUUGCACGAUGCAGAUUAUUAUGUUAUGAAAGCCAGGUGUAUCCGUGAGAUGAAUAUAAAAUUGCGCAACCCCGCUCUAUCGUUAAGCAACGAAGCAUUUGGCACAAUCAUUAAUCUUCUUACGGGUGCGCUGAUAGUGGGAUUGUUUGAAGAAGCUCGUAUGCACCUCAGAGGCUUGAAGCGCAUGGUGGACUUGCGAGGAGGUAUUACAGACAGCAGUAUCCAUCAGUCUUCAAUGCUAGCUGCUAUUCUUACCACUGAUGUGAAGACUGCGUCGGGACUCAUGACCCAGCCGGUUUUCCCUUUGGCUCGGGACUUGCAACCGGUUUCAGCCAGUAUUAAAGAGCGUAUAGCGCCCCCGGAGACGUCAGAAUUACAGAGAGUAGGCGUUGCAUUCGUCUCUAACCCCUACCUCAGCGCAUGUUUGCUAAGUAUUCUCCGUGCUAUGCGUGAUAUUGUACUUUACGGCCAGGCUUGCAACCAAAAUCCCACUGUACUCUGCACCGAUGACCACGAAUUCUUUCGCAGUCUCAAUCGUGAAGUUGAGCAUCGGCUCCUUAGUUAUGUGUAUUCUGAAUCCACUACACGAGACAUGCCAUUUUCUAAGACAGCAUCAUAUCUUGGUUCUGUGGAAGCUGUCACCAGGAUCGCUUCUAUAUGUUACCUAAACCAUUUCCUUAUCGUAUCGCCCCCGUCUUCGGGGCUGGGUCGUGCGCUCACAAGACAUUUGAAGCAAGCUAUAGCUAAUUGUCAUUGGCCACCGUUAUCGAAGGAGGGUCAUGGGUUGCUCGCAUGGGUGUUAUUUAUUGGUGCUCAAAGCUCGGCAGGCCAAAUUGAACGCCCAUGGUUUGUUGAGCGUCUAUCCCACAUCGCUCUAAUUUGUGGGUGGCACACCUGGAGGCAGAUGUCCGAAGUGUUGAUUGAUUACUUUUAUCUUCCUAGUACCAACCAAGCGGGGUGGGCAUCCAUCUGGAACGAGGCCAUGGUUUGAUAUAUUAUGUGCACUAAACACAGAUCGAGGGUUGCUCUAUUGGCCUGCUCUUGGUAUAUUCUAGUUGAAAAAUCAAUGCCAUAGUAUAUACAA